AUGCCGAACCGUGUGCGUUUCCUCAAGGAGAUAGCGAAGGAUGUGAUUAGUGCUACAGAAUUGCUCGGCUGCAGCAGGUGGUGUGUUACGCAAUCACCACGGAGAAUGGUGUGGAGGUUUUGCUCUUCAUAUUGGAAGAUGCACAGCGCCUCUAGCGGAGCUAUGGGGGGACUAUUAUGGUUUAUGCGUUGCUUGGGACAGGGGAUACCGAAACUAGAAGUCGAGGUGGAUUCUGAAUUGGUAGUGGGUUUCCUCACGACAGGGAUUGGUGAGUCUCAUCCUCUGUCUUUCCUGGUACAGUUGUGCCAUGGCUUUAUCAAAAGGGACUGGGAGGAUCAACGCCGCCUUGGAGCUAUUGUUAUCCCAAACAAAGAAGCAGCAGAAGGAGCAGCAACAAGUCAAAUAUCACCAGUAGAUCCUCAAGUCAACAGACUUAGCAAGGAGACACUCACGAGUAUGGUCUACGAAGAACUUAGGAAAUGGACAUCAGAAUGUUCGUUCCAAGUCGGUCCGGUUCUCAUCGUGGACGAGCCAUUCACGAUAGACAAUGGUUUCAUGACGCCGACAAUGAAAAUAAGAAGAGACAAGGUGGUUGAUCAAUACAAGGAGGAGAUAGAUAGACUCUACAAGUAG